CGCCGAGGGCUCCGGUUUCCUAGCAACGCGCGUUCAGCGCUACGCCGUUACUCUCGCGAGCGAGGGGUCACAUGAGCCAAGGAGGCGGGUGACGUCACCUCCGCGCGCCAUCCCCGAAAGCCCUGCGAUCUCUAUGGUUGGCCUGGUCGUGCCGCCCGGAGAAACCACUUCCGGCUCGGGCCUGGCGGUUUGGAAAACCGUUGUUUGCUGGGAGGGCGUGCUCGUGUGAGUUCUCGCGCUGGCGGUUGUCAUGGCAGCGGCCGCGGGGUCCGGAGGGGCUGAUACGGCUGCCGCCGGCUCCGCUGCCGACGAAAGCGGCGGGGACCGAGGGAGCCCCCCCGGCGCGGACCCACGGCACCUGGGGCCGGGGGGGCGAGAGGAAGAGGAGGAGCCGGGGCAAGACAGUGCGGGAGGCCCGGCCAGCCAAAGCCGUCCUCCCUCGUCGCCGUCCCCCCGCGAGGCCGAAGUCACCGUGGAGAUCGGCGAGACCUACCUGUGCCGGCGCGGGGACGGGACGUGGCACUCUGCAGAAGUGAUCCAGUCUCGAAUCAAUGAGCAAGAAGCCAGGGAGGAGUUUUACGUGCACUAUGUUGGAUUCAAUCGGCGCCUGGACGAAUGGGUGGAUAAGAAUCGCCUGGCCCUCACCAAGACAGUCAAAGAUGCGGUACAGAAGAACACUGACCAGUACAUGAAUGAGCUGUCUGAGCAGCCAGAGCGCAAGAUCACCCGCAACCAGAAGCGCAAACACGAUGAGAUCAAUCAUGUGCAGAAGACUUACGCUGAGAUGGAUCCCACCACAGCAGCUUUGGAGAAGGAGCAUGAAGCAAUUACCAAGGUGAAAUAUGUGGACAAGAUCCAUAUUGGCAACUAUGAGAUCGAUGCUUGGUAUUUCUCGCCAUUUCCAGAGGAUUAUGGGAAGCAGCCUAAGCUGUGGAUCUGCGAAUACUGCCUCAAGUACAUGAAAUUUGAGAAGACCUACCGGUACCAUCUUGGCCAAUGCCAGUGGAGGCAACCACCAGGCAAAGAAAUCUAUCGCAAGAACAACAUCUCGGUGUAUGAGGUGGAUGGCAAAGAUCACAAGAUUUACUGCCAGAACCUGUGUCUCUUAGCAAAGCUCUUCCUGGACCACAAGACCCUCUACUUUGAUGUGGAGCCCUUCGUCUUCUACAUCCUCACUGAGGUUGACAGGCAAGGAGCCCAUAUCGUCGGCUACUUCUCUAAGGAGAAGGAGUCACCAGAUGGUAACAAUGUUGCCUGCAUACUAACCUUGCCCCCUUACCAGAGACGAGGCUAUGGGAAAUUCCUCAUUGCUUUCAGUUAUGAGCUCUCCAAGUUGGAAAGCACAGUGGGUUCCCCCGAGAAGCCCCUCUCGGACCUCGGCAAGCUGAGCUAUCGGAGCUAUUGGUCAUGGGUGCUGCUGGAGAUCCUCCGGGACUUCCGGGGCACCCUCUCUAUCAAAGAUCUCAGCCAGAUGACGAGUAUCACACAAAAUGACAUCAUCAGUACCCUGCAAUCGCUGAACAUGGUGAAAUAUUGGAAGGGCCAGCAUGUCAUCUGCGUCACCCCCAAGCUGGUUGAGGAACACCUCAAGAGUGCCCAGUAUAAGAAGCCUCCCAUCACAGUGGAUUCCCUCUGUCUGAGAUGGGCACCUCCCAAACACAAACAAGCCAAGAUUUCCAAGAAGUGAGAGAGAAACAGAUCUGAGGAACAGACUUCACGUCCACCCUUCCUUUUAAGCAGUCAUCUAAGGCGAAGCGUUCGUGUUGGUCUUGCAUCGAUCAGACGGGUUGCAGACAAAUGGGAAAGGAGGAGUGUUCCACUGAAGCAGCACCUCUGCUCCAGCUGCUAUGGUUCAUUAGUAUGAAGACUGACAACCAGCCCCAUUUUCUGUCCCUUUGUUCCUUCUUGCCAAUCUGCUAGUCUUUCUGCUGUGUGGAAGAGUUGGCGUCCUGUCCCCCCAACUCUGUGCCCUUGUGUCAGGGAAAAGGAAUGCACCUUUCUCACCUCUUUUGGUAUUGGCCUAGAGCUGUUGUACACAAGAAAUGUUGAGCUCCACUUGCUUUCAGCAACAGACAGGUCACGUAGCAUGAAAUGUUAGCCGUAGAGUGAGACAAGCAAUCAACGAACACGCAGGAAGGGUGUUUAGGAAGCAGUUUGUCAGUAAAGGCAAGGUGUGGGCAACAGGAGUAUUUUGUAAGGAUUAUAAGCUUCCAGUUGCUAUUGCCUGAUAGGCUGCCUAUCUUUUCUCAGUAGGUUGAGAGCCUGGUGGCUUUUUCUCUAGAGGCGCACAGGUUUGUAUCUAGGUGAAGCUGUUGCAUCCCUCUGAGCAGCAGGGUAGCAAGAGUUCUGGCUACCUUGAAGUUGUAUGGGUUCUGUAUGCUUCUAGUUCUGCUAGGGAGGUUUCUGGAGCCUUUCCACUGGCUCAUGCCUACUAACGGUUUUGGGAAAGACUGCGAAUGCUUUCACUUUACACUUCCUUUCUCCACAGUCCAAGUUUGGCCAAAGUGUCAACACGGAGGGAACAUUUGUUAGAACUGUACAGUGCAGCAUUCUAUGCCAGCAAGCAAGAGGUGUGAGCUGCUCCACAGGUGUGAGCACUAAGCCUUAGUUGAGAAGAGUGGUUUUUCCUCAGCAAAUACAGCAGCUUUGAAACUUAGUCAGUCAUGCCUGUAUUUGAAACUCUCCUCCCACAGUGUUACCUGUAGAGUUGUAGCUAAAGAGGUCUGGACUUUUCAGUUGUGGGGUUUUUUUCGUUUUUGUUUUUUGCAGAGACUAUACAUAAUAGUAGGUGGUCCGAUAUGCAAAGAACAAACUUAUAGGUGGGUAGGUGGGGGAAUGUGGACUGAACUCUUGAAGACGGGUAUUGUAACCUAAGUUUUUCUUCUGGAUGGCAGUCUUUGGACAACCUCUAGAUUAGGGGGAAUGCUCUGUCAGUGGGCUGUUGUGUUCUCCCCCACCCCCGUGACAAUUUGCCUUUCUAUGUUAUGCACUGCAUUUGCUAGUAAUGAACAAGAGUUUUAUCAAAAGCUCCUUGGAAAGAUUACAGUAGAAAUGUCAGUGCUGAAGACAGAGGCUGUUUCUGUGGAAAUGUCUGCAUGCUUGUGGUUUCAGUGCGGAUAGACGAUGACAUUCUGGAUGGCCUAUAUUGGAUAUGCUGGGAAGAAACAUCCACAGAGUGAUCCUACUGCAGAUAUUAGGCUUGUGCUUCAUGUAUGCAGUGUGCUUUCUAUUACUUUAAGAAAUAUUUAAAUUUUUUAAAAAUGCAAAACUA